AUUGUUUUUCUUUCAUAACUUUACUUUUACCUAUCAGAGUUUCUACGGGAUUUCUUGUACUUGAUUCCCCCUUUAAGUGGCACAGUGUUCUCCCAUUAUUCUCUAACCCACUCGCAAACGGUACUUCUAUUUCUCAGGCGUGAUUGUUUUCAGUAAAAUAAAGUCUCAAAGUAAAAUGUUUUCCCUGUUAAAUCACUUUACCCAGUCUAAACCUGUAAGUCGUUUUACGAACUCAACGUUAAGGCUUCUAUUGUCUUCUUCCUUCCAAGCCCAAAAAUUUUACAACUUAAAUACCAUCACCCACGCAUAUUCCUCUUCCACGGCGGCGUCUCCUCGGAAAUCUGUAAAGAGAGCUUCACCUUCAGAUAGUCAAUAUGAACAAAAGAAAGAUGAAAAAGUGACAUAAAGAUUUUCAUGAUCCAUUUGGAGAAGGCACCAGCAAACCCAUGACUGAUUGGCUGGAAUCACUUAAAAAACUCACUUUCUCAAUGCAUUAUGAUGCAAUGAGUUUAAGAAGGCAAAGUAGCAAAGAUGCAGCAGAGAUUGUCGGCAUCAGGGAGGCCUUCUGGUACAGAUGGCUACGAUUUCUCAUAUCGGAUGGUUGUUGAUUCCCGAUAUCAAAAAGUAGCUCGUACAAAGUCUAUUCUGCGUUCGUUUUUCUUAGUUCAGGCUAUCAUACUUUUGUUGGGGCUAGUUUUACUAAUAUUUCAAUCUGCAUCAGAGGGUUUGGCUUCCCGGGUUCUUGAAAUUUCAACUACUGCUUGUGGUCUCAUUUCAUUGAUAAUAGGAGAAUUAGGUCGGAAACGCAGCCGAGUGAACAUGUUGAGAUUUUUUAUGGUUGCAUCUUCUAUCGCUGUCUCAUUAUUAAUGUUUUGCGCCAUUCGGAAGGGUUCAGGAUUCAUGGCUGCCAAAAGCCCAAGUUUCUGGGAAACAAUUUUGGCGCUUCCUGAGGUGGCCCUUGCUGUUGUGGGACUGGUGUUUCAUCUAUUUAUCAUUGGCUACACAGUUCAUCUCAUUGCUAACAUGUCUGUCCCUAAGAGAGCUUCAUAGCUUGUAUAAAUAUAGCUGUCACAAAUACCUACAUUAGUGGUAAAGGCAAAAAUUGCUGUUUUCUUCAUUGCCUUAAAACUUCAUUUCCAACACGCAGAAAGCACUUAUAACAGUGAAAUUGUUAGGGUUGAUUUGAUUUCGAUUGAUAUAUGAAUCAAGCAAACUAAGCAUAAUCUUUUGAAUUGUUUUAAAUGAAAGCAAAGGUUAUUAUUCCUACAA